AUGAGAGCUUUAGCAAAGCACACCAUUCUUCUUCUCCUGACUUUACUAUCUUUCUUCUCCAUUGCCAAAUCCAAAGACUCCUCAUCGCUCGGAACAGGCCUCGUCUCUGCCGGCGAGGUUUUCGAGUUGGGUUUUUUCAACCCUGGCAGACACUCAAGAUGGUACUUGGGCAUAUGGUACAUGAAAAUCAAAGAAAGAACAGUUGUUUGGGUGGCCAACAGAGACAAUCCGCUCCCAAACAACUCAGCCAGUCUCAAAAUCGGAUACGACGGAAUACUUUCUCUUGUGGAUGAAUCCGGAAAAGUUUCUUGGAUGUCAAGCAAUCAAUCACAAUUUGUUAAAAAUCCAAUCCUUCAGCUUUUGGAUUCCGGCAACUUGGUCCUCAAAGAAGCAAAUGAAACCAACCCUAACGAGUUCCUCUGGCAGAGCUUCGACUACCCUACACACACUUUGUUGCCGGAGAUGAAGCUCGGAAGGAACUCGAAUACCGGAUUGGAUAGAUACAUAACCUCGUGGAAAACUCCACAAGACCCUUCUACUGGUGAUUAUUCCUUCAAGCUCGACUACCGCGGUUUCCCGGAGGCUUUCCUCCGGCAGAGACAGUCGGUAAAGUACCGGAGCGGCCCCUGGAACGGGUUGAGUUUUAGCGGGGCUCCGGAGAUGAACACCGCUAGCUCUAAUGGUAUUGGUUUCAACUUCGUUGUAAACAAUGAGGAGAUGUACUACUCUUUUUCGGAAACUAAUCCAGCUUUGUAUUCACGGCUGAUUGUAUCUCCCUCCGGCAACAUCCAACGGCUGACGUGGAUCGAGAGCCGCAAGACCUGGAGCCAGUGCUGGUACCUUCCCAGGGACCCAUGCGACACGUACAGGGAGUGCGGGCCCUAUGGUGUCUGCGACGCCAACGAUGCUUUGCCGGUGUGUAAGUGCAUGAGGGGAUUCCGACCUAAGAACCCUUCUGCAUGGAGCUUGAGAGAUGGCACCGAAGGAUGUGAACGUCAGACGGAGCUGGAGUGUGGGAGUAAGGACAAGUUUAUGAAGGUGGAGAAUUUGAAGCUGCCGGAGAGCGGCGGAGCGAUGGUGGAUAUGGAGAUGAGUUUGGAGGAGUGUGAGGUGAAGUGUUUGGGGAAUUGCUCGUGUAGUGGGUUUUCGAGUGCGAGGAUUGAGAAAGGAGGGAGUGGAUGUGUGAUGUGGUUUGGGAAGUUGAUGGAUAUGAGGAGUUAUGCCGGCGACAGCGGCCAAGAGUUCUACCUCCGAUUACCAGCUUCUGAACUAGGUACAUACCACCUUCUUCUUUCUUACCAGGUGAACAGCACUGACUAA